UUCUAAUGUUUUUACAUAUGUUGCAUAUAGAGUGAAACCUAGUCACACAGAGUCGUCAAUGGAGAAGAAGCCGAGAGAAUAUCUACAAGUAACCCACCAAGAUUCCGACCGAAUCGCCCGACUCAGCAUCCCUCCGCAUCAACCUCAAGCCCUUCACAGCUUCUACGAGGAGUUCAACCUCAGAGGCAUACGACUCGACCGAUUCCAACCCGGAUUCGUCUCUUGCUCUUUUACCGUUCCCCCUCGCCUUACAGAUAGGAAUGGAAAUCUGGCAGUGGGUGCAAUUGCGAGCUUAGUAGACGAGAUCGGUGCAUCUGUGGUGUAUGAGAAGGAUGUGCCUAUGAAUGUUUCUAUUGAUAUGUCUAUUUCUUACCUUUCUACAGCCAAGCUUAAUGAUGAAUUGGAGAUUAGCGCAAAGCUUCUUGGCAGAAAAGGUGGAUACCAUGGAACUGUUGUGAGUCUGAAGAAGAAAGCAACUGGAGAGAUGAUUGCAGAAGGUCGACAUUCAUUGUUUUCUAAACCAACUAGCAAAAUCUGAGACCAGUUAGAUAAUUCUGAUACUGAUAUUAAGUAAAGAGAUAGGAAUCAUAAGUGUAAGUUUUUUU